UGUUAAAUCAACACCAAUUAUCACGGAGUCAGUUAAACAGAAACCGAUGAAAUUUCUCAAUUUACACUGGAAUGUGGAUAUGACCAAUGUCACAAUAUAAGAACUCACCUAGUGACCUGAUAUCCUCAGAAUACCACAGUAACAAGCUCUAAGUAUAAACGUUUCAAGCUCCACGUACUGUCAAGCUGAUCAAGACCAUAUUCUGUUAAAGAUGGUUAAUACUUAUCAAAUGCUGCUAUAUUUUUUACUUGUGUUCCUGCUAGUGAACAGAGGUCGGAGUAUCGAGCAUCGACAGAAACGCAUAGUUGGAGGAGAACCAGUUGAAAAACCUGGAAAAUGGCCUUGGAUAGCAUCACUCUGGUUCAACCAAACACAUUACUGUGGGGGCUCAAUUGUUGGUAAAAAAUGGAUCGUGACAACUGCACAUUGCUUUCAUGAAGCUCACACCUCACAUGACCCGAGAGAUUGGCUUGUCAAAGUCGGGAAACAUGACUUGAGCAAAAAUGAAAGUCAUGAGCAAACUUUUAGCGUGGAACGGAUAAUUCGUCACCCAAAUUACACAAGUAUAUGGGACACUUAUAAAAUUGAUAAACCCGAUGAUAAUGAUGUCGCUUUACUGGAACUUAAUGGCAAAAUCAAAUACUCGAACUAUACACGACCGAUCAGGCUUUUGAGAAAUGGUAUAAGAUUUCAUCCAGGUCACGAAUGUUACAUUGCAGGCUGGGGUCAUACUUAUUUCUCUGCAGAUGCUAUACAAAAUAUCAUACGAGAGGUAAAAGUGGAGCUCGUCUCUCGAGAGAAAUGCAACAGUCCUGAGUCCUACAAUGGCAGUGUUCACGAGCGAGCAAUUUGCGCUGGCUACGAGGAGGGUGGCCGAGAUGCAUGCCAGUAUGACAGCGGUGGACCGUUGUUUUGCGGAAAGAAACAAAAAACAACUAAAUGGUAUUUAGUUGGUCAAGUGUCCUGGGGGGACAAGUGUGCAAUGCCGCAUAAAUACGGGGUAUAUUCAAAUAUGGAGGCACUUGGACCCUGGGUUGUUCAUACGAUCAAAGCUUCGCGAUCUAAAGUUCUAUACAAGCGCAUAGGCUGAAUAUGCGGUCCUUAAGUCUCCAGACAAUUCUAUAAUCAUAGGUUGAUCUUGUACAUACAUACAAUACGAAAUCUUUAUCAUAUAUAAUCAUGUAUU